AUGUCUUUCAAGCGGACGAUGAAAGCCUUCUGCGCUCGGGUCGUCCAAAGAUUGAAAGAUCAAACGCCAGUGCAACGCGAAUGUUAUACACAGACAGUUGCAGAGACAAAGGCGGCCGGGACACCCCCAGGCCCACCCUCCGGCCACAAGCCUCAUAACCCGCCCCCUCCGGGCCCAGGAAAAAAUGUCUGCGGGUCAUCGAACCGCAAAUCAGGAGACGUCAGAAGAGAUGGAGGCAAAUGGGUUGUGCAGGGAGUUGGCUCCUUUGACAAUCAUGCAACGUACACGUUUGACCAAGACAAUUUCCCCGCCGGGCUCUUGAGAAGCAACUAUACCUGCAGGCAGCAGGAGCUGAUGGGACCAGACCAGAUUCCAUAUAACAUUCGAUAUGAUCAGGACAAUGUCCAGGUCUCGAAAGGAGUGCUUACUCUGACCGUUCCUGGGCGGCAAGAUCCCGACAAAGAUCCUGACCAAGCAGUGAGUUGCGCAGAGGUGACUACGGCUGAACAAAACAUCCUCUAUGCCAGUGUACGGACCAAUGCCAUCUUCAGCCAAGUGCCAGGUACCUGUCACGGUCUCUUUUUCUACAAGUCCGACUGUCAAGAAAUCGAUAUCGAGUACCUGACCGAUUCGAGCUCUCUCUCGAUAGUUGGGCCACGUCAAGCAAAUCCAAUCUGGUACACAAACCAGGCUGUCGACCCUAAGAGCAGGCCCGCCACUCGAGCGACAGGUCCGGCCCCGUCGGAUUGUGCCGCUCAGGUACAUGAAUACCGCAUUGACUGGACCUCGCAGUACACUGCUUUCUACAUUGAUGGCAAUUUGCAACAACGCUUCCCUCUUAAUGUUCCUAGUCAACCAGGACCUUGGGUGUGGAACAACUGGGCGAAUGGCGAUAAGGGUGCGUAUUUCUCGAAUCUUUUCUUUGCUUAG